CUUUGACUGAUUUCGAACGUGGCGCCAGAUCAGCCAGAGCAACAAGUCGUCCACGAAAAGUGCCUUCACCCGACCAAAAGUGACUGGAAUCCAUCUUGAGCGCCCCACGAAACCAUCCAACCGUCCAUGCCAGGUAGUUGGGUCAGCUAAGCUGGGUCGAUCCCCAGGCAGGGCUGGAAGGAGGAAGUCCAUCAUGGGUGACGAGGGUUUGAGUUCGGGUUGGGAACAAGAGUUGAGUUACUUCCUGACCCACGGACCCGGACGGGCUCGUCUCCUCGAUUUGUUGCCCGCCCAGCCGGCGGAUCGAACUCCCCGGGUGGCGGGUGGGACGGGGCGAGUCUCGGCCCAUCGGAGUCUAUGUUUCAACGCGUGCACGCUCACGGACUUCUGCGGCAAAGUCGUGACGGCCAUUCUGCUGGAUCCGGAGGCCACGCUAGCCCGUUGCGAUCAAAUCGUGGCCCAGAGCCUUUUGAGUCUCGUCGACGUGGACACGCCCCGCCCGCCAAUCCAUUGGCGUUUGAGCGCCUUACCACCGUUUCGCGACUUUGUCCGCGAUACCGUGCCCAAGAGUGAAGACGUGGGCCUGCUUUUGAGCAUUCGCGGCACGGCCAUCAAAACCGGAUGGCCCAAGAUGUUGGAAAAGCGGAAACGCUUCCAUUGCGGGUCGUGCGGCUAUUCUUUUGAAUUGGAAGCGGAUUUCGAGCAGUUCUACAAGUUCGAUAAGCCCGCGACAUGUCCCAAUCCGGAUCGGGUUUGCCGCAAUACCUACCAAUUUACGGCGGCCUUGGACAUGGAGCCCGAGUUCUGUCGCGAUUAUCAAGAGAUCAAGAUCCAGGAGCAAGUCAGUAACCUCAAUAUGGGCACCAUUCCGCGCAGUAUUUGGGUCACCUUGGAGGAUGACUUGGUGGAUGUGUGUAAACCCGGGGACGACGUCACCGUCAUAGGCGUGGUCAAACGGCGCUGGUACGAAAUGGGCCGGGCUCACGAUGGGCGCACCGAAAUCGGAUUGUGUCUCAAAGCUAAUUUCAUUGAAGUCAACAACGAUCAAAAGUCUCGCCAUUUGGUCAACCCGGAUCAGGUCCUAGAGUUUGAGGACUUUUGGCAGGCCCACGCCCAUUCCCCCUUAGUGGGACGAAAUAAACUGCUGGCCUCUUUCUGCCCACAAGUGUACGGUCUCUAUGCCGUGAAACUGGCUUUGGCCAUCGUGUUGUGCGGGGGCGUCGAACGAGUUGAUGAAAGUGGCACACGGGUCCGAGGCGAGGCCCAUAUGCUGAUGGUCGGUGACCCAGGCACGGGUAAAUCCCAGUUAUUGCGUUACGCGGCCAAAAUUUCGCCUCGGUCCGUACUCACCACGGGUAUUGGCUCCACCAGUGCUGGCCUAACAGUGUCCGCCGUCAAAGAUUCCGGCGAAUGGCAUUUGGAAGCGGGGGCCUUGGUUCUGGCCGAUGGGGGCGUGUGCUGCAUUGACGAAUUCAAUUCGAUCCGCGAGGCUGACCGGACGAGUAUCCAUGAGGCCAUGGAGCAGCAAUCGUUAAGUGUAGCCAAAGCGGGUUUGGUAUGCAAACUCCAAUCCCGGUGCUCGGUAUUAGCCGCCACCAAUCCCAAAGGUCAUUACGACUCCGAAGAACCGCUGACCGUCAACAUCGGCAUUGCCUCACCUUUACUGUCCAGAUUUGAUUUGGUGUUCACGCUCUUGGAUGCUCGGAACGAGAUUUGGGACAAGAUUGUGUCGGGUUAUCUGUUGCAAGGCAAAAAUCCACUUUCUGAUCUAACGGAGAACGUGACGAAAGAACUCUGGCCCUUCGAUAAGUUACAAUCCUACUUCGUCUAUUGUAAAAGAAAUAAUCCGGAUCUGAGUGACGAUGCGAUUGAAGUACUUUCACGUUAUUACCAAAGGCAAAGAAACGGGGAAGAUCAGAACAACAUGGCGAGAACCACCGUGCGAAUGCUUCAGAGUGCCAUCAGACUGGCUCAAGGUCAUGCUCGAUUGAUGAGAAAGUCUCGAGUUGAGAUCAUGGAUGCAGUUUAUGCCGUAAUCCUGUUAGAGAUCUCUUCCGAAGCAUCCUCCUCUUUGCUCCAAGGCGUAAACCCUUUACACACAACGUUUCCAGAAGACCCCUUGAAUGAGUACAAGGCCCAGGCCGAAGUGAUUUUGGAGGGCCUGAAUCUGCCUCAUCUUUUGAAAAGUGAAAUGACUCGCUUGCAAGUCGAAAAAGAAGUUGCUAAUCUGGAUCGGACGCGCUCUACAGUUAAAACCGUUUCCUCAACCAGCGAGCCACAACCUUUGAAGCCCAGUAAUCAAAUGUCGGAAGUGAUCUCAAAACUUCGAACCAAUCAGUUCGAUUAUGGUAAACUUUCCGACUGCGUAAUCAGCAAGCAAAAGAAAAGUAGCCUGAACAACAAGCGCAAAGAGAACGUUAAGAAAAGGAAGAGUUCGGGUUGCUCCAAGGGGAAUUCCAAGCGGAAAAAAGCAUCACCAUUCGAAAAGCACGACAUUUCAUCGGGUUCAUCAACAGACGAGUUUGAACCUGAGGGUGCCCCGGUCAAGUCACCUAAAAAAAUUCAAGACAAUUCCCCACAGACCUCGACUCAACUUCCACUAUUAUUUGGGACCUCGAAAGUCGACGAUUUCCAUAUUGAUGAGAGCGUGAUUUCCAGGACCUGUGAAUCAGCCAAGACCUGUGAAUCACCCAACAUGCUCUCGUUUUUGCCCUCACCGGUCACGAAAAGGUCUUCUGAUCAGUUUUUAGCCUCUUCAACGGAGGUUAAUCGUAUCCCGGUUCUCAUGAAAUCAGAACAAUCGUCUCCAGAGAUAUCGAUGAAAGAGGCAACAACUGUGAUCUUGGACGAAAGAGAAACGUCCCUGAAGCCAAGAGCACAAAUGACGACUCAAAUUUUCAGUGCCGAUGGAGAGGAUAUCGACGAGUUAGAUGACAUUGACUUUGGUUCCCAGUCUGAUCGAAAUCUGUCCUCUUUUAUUGCCUCUCAAAUUGAGCUUCAUACGUCGACGGGCCAUCCUUUAGCUGAAUCCGGGACUAAAGAGGUUAACGUUGAAGGCAACGAUUGCAGCGAGUCAAAGAAAGUUGUCAAAAACGUACCCAUCAACCCAAGGUCGAUAUUUUAUGAUCCAAAUGAUGAUGAUGUCAGUGAUCUAGAUUUCAACCUCACUUGAAAUCUGUUGUGAUAAAGCAGAUUAACAUCAGA